AUGCAUGCUUGUCACGUGCCGCAUCAUGGCUGCGCCCAGGCGCCUCUUCCCGCUGCUGCGGCUGCUGCUCCUCCUGCCCUGGCUGGGUUCUGCCUGGCGGCGGAGGGAGGCGAUGGGGCGGAGCUGCCGGCGGUGUGCGGCGGAGGCUGCUGCCCGGGGCUCGUGCGGAACGGCUCCGCGGUGGCCGCGCAGUGCGCCUCCCGGCCGGGCGCUCGGCUGCGGGGCCGCUGCUGCUGCUCGGGAGGCGAGGCCGCCGCCACGGUGGUGGGGCUGGAUCUGGGGAACUGCUCGCUGCAGCACCUGUGUUCCAGCUUCCAGGAGGCCAGCACGGCUUUGCUCAUUGACCUGACCGACAACCCUCUGGAGCCCCUCCCUGAAGACGCCUUCCGGAGCUUCACCCACCUGCAGACCCUAGCUCUGCCCCUGACGCUGGAGUGCCCUGGAGGCAACGAAGGCUGGGACAACGUCACCGUCCAAGGGAGCAGCCGGAUAUGCCACGGCCAGAGGAACCCCUGCAACGGCUCAGGGGGGCUCGGCCACCUGUGCCCAAAGGACUCCUCGUGUGCCCCCAAUGGGCCCGGCUUGCCCCAGUGCCUCUGCACCAGCCCCCACUACGGCUACAAGUGCCUGCGCCAGGGCACCUUCCCCUACCUGCUGUUCUUUGGGGCCUUGGGAGCCGUCACCAUCGCCCUCUCCCUCCUUCUGUGGGUCACCCAGAGGCGGAAGGCAAAGGUCUCCUAGAGGCUCUCUUCUCUCCCCUCCUCCUGGCCUGAGGCUGGACAUAAACCCUUUGGCUUGGGCCACAAGUUUGUAAUAAAGUCUGGAACACAGAGAGGAAUGGUCCUUGUGGCGGAACCGAACCCCCCCCAGGGCUCAGGGGUCUCUGCCAUGGGGCUGCUGGCUAGAGGGUCCCAGAGGAAGAGGCGCCCUGGGCUCCCCCUUCUCCGCCAAGGCCGCUCUGAUAUCUUGGGAUUCUCACAAGGGGCAGAACCUGCAUCUCACAAGCCUUGCUGCAGUUGCUGCCCUCCAGACCCCCAAAAGGCCUCACGGACGGGGUCCCUGACGCAGCCAGAGUCAGGGAGAUGGCGGUUGCCCCCCUUGCUUUGCAGGUGCGUGGGACUCUCUCCCAGAAAACCCGCCGGGCGCUAUUUCCCUAGAAAGGUUUGUCCGUUGCCCCCCAGGAAGAGUCAAGCUGGAGACAGGGCACUAGUGUGUUGACAUCCUCACCCACAGUUGCCGAAAUGAAGGAACAUCACACUUUUGCUUCUGUGUGCUGACGGCGAGUUGGAAAUACAGAGGUAGCAGCUCCCUGUGAGCUGCUCACGGCCACCUCAGGUUCAUUCCAGGCAUUUAAGCGGAAUUGCCCAAAGUUUGCAUAAGAACUUUAUUUUUAUUUUGAAAUAUUUUUUAUUUCUAUCAAUACAAAUCUACAAUCCAACAAUUAUAUAAUCGUCUCUUGAGAUUCUCUGAAUUGCUUGACUUCCCCCCGUCCCCUAGAAUGGUUCCUUAUUAAAAUAUUUAUUCUUCUUCUUCUUUGGC